GUAAACGCUGUGCAGCGGUAGGUGGCGCUGUGGCCCACGUUCACUUGGCGUUCGACUUCAUACGGUCGCAGAAGAAGAAGAAGAAGAGCAACACGUGCUUCCUGUGUGUCCUCUUCAUCCUGCAUGGAAAGGAGCCUGUCUUGUCUUGUAAAUAAAUUGUAUUCAGCCAGCGAAAGGCGUUAAAAUGGUUCGUAAAUUAAAGCACCAUGAACAGAAGUUGUUGAAGAAGGUUGACUUCAUCAACUGGGAGGUGGACAACAACCUGCACGAGGUCAAAGUGCUGCGGAAGUAUCGCAUUGAAAAAAGGGAGGACUACAUGAAGUACAACAAGCUGAGUCGUAACAUCAGAGAUCUCGUACAGAAAGUCCGAGACCUGGAUGAGAAAGAUGGCUUCAGAGCUCAGAGCUCACAUCGACUACUGGAAAAACUGUACAGUAUCGGUCUCCUGCCCACCAAACAGAAUCUGUCCCUCACAGAGAAAGUCACAGCUUCUUCCUUCUGCAGGAGGAGACUGCCCAGCAUCAUGCUGAACCUGCGUAUGGCUCAGAACAUGAAGACCGCCAUCACCUUCAUCGAACAGGGACAUGUGCGUGUUGGCCCGGAGAUUGUCACAGAUCCAGCAUUUCUCAUCACAAGAAAUAUGGAAGAUUUUGUCACUUGGGUGGAUUCCUCCAAGAUCAAGCAGCAUGUCCUGAAUUAUAAUGACGAGAGGGACGACUUUGAUCUGGUGGCAUAAGUCUGUUGUGUGACAGCCAUUCAUCACCCUGGAGGACCGGGAAGAAGGGACAAGAACUCUGCUCCUGAAUAACUCCACAACCCAGGAGUCAGAUUGAAGCUGCUCUCAACUUGGAAAUAGUGUGAAGAAAAGAAGUGCUCCUCAACAACAACUGAAGUUUCAUCAGACAAGGACAGCAGUGCACGUCCAGACUUCACAUUGUUCACUGAACACUUAUGUUCUCUUAUGAUGUUGUGCAGCUGAAAUCUGAUCUCCUGACCGUUAACCAUCCUACAUGUCUGGAUUCAUCCCCCGCUCCUCCACCAGCAGCACAAGAGCACAUAGUCUCAGCUGUUCCCUCCUCCUGUUUCCAGCAGAGACACUUCCAACAUUGGCCGUCAUCCCCCUGGUUGUACAGAGCAACUUCCAGAGUUGUGAAGGGGACUUUUUCUUCUCCUGUACCUCAACGUUGUUUGCCGUGUGUUCUGUGUGAA